CCGGACCUCGGACGCCAGGCUGCUGGUACUGGGUGUUUCUUGUUGUUUGGAAAUGGUUGGACGUUGGAUGUGUUUUUUUGGGAACUGCACAAGCUACAGGGUAUAUGUAUGAAAGGAUAUGAAGGUGACAUUGACCAAUUGAUAGGCUUCCGGUUUGGGCAGAGGUUCCGCCAAGACCUUUUGUGGUUUGUGAGUCUAGCUGUGGUUUGUAGCACCAGUUUUUGAUGACAUUGGCUCAAGCAAGAUUUGGCUAUAGCACCCUGUGUUCUGCCACGGGCCAUGGAGAAGCCAAUUUCAUCCAGUGUCGUCUUGAAGAGAACUCGGGAAAGGUCAUGAAGGGCACGAAGAUGAAGGCCAUGAAGGUUGACAGUGUUGGCAGUUCGCUGACAGUGAAGGGUAAAUAAAGCCAAGGCCAACGCCAGGAAACCGGCGGCCAAGGCGGAGAAAGAUCCCAAAGAGGAGGCCAUUUGGAUGUGCCAGCAGCUUUCGGAUGGAAAGUUAAAUCCUGAAAGUCUUAAGCGAGGCUAUGUACUUCUUAGGAAUGCGGCCAACAAAUGGGUGAAUUUGCCCCAAAUUCAGAAGCUCGUGAAAGAUUUGAAGCAACCGACUGAGAAUUGGUAUCACUUGAUGUUCGCACAUGUGUGCGGCUUCAUGAUUGAUAAUCUGAUAGCAGUAUGCAGUAUGCUUGAAGAGGAUUGGGUGUACAAGAUCCUUUUCUCAGAUGAGAAAGACAAGCACUUCUUCUCUUGUGGCGUGGAGCACGGCCAUUUCAUUAGAGCUGGAGCCGAUCAAUUCUUGGAGUUCUCGAGAGCCUACAAAGUUAGUGAUUUUGAGGCUGCUAUCAAGUGUGAAUCUUCUCACAUGAAGUUGCUGGAAAACUUGUUGGUCAAGUUUGUACACCUGCGAGAGGAGGUGGAGUUGCCACGCUUGGGCCUCACCUUCCGUGCGCCAGACGAGCGAACCAGCAAGUCGGCGGCUGAGCGCCCGCGCGGGGUUCCCGCCCUGCGCUGCGACCAGUAUGGCGGGUUGAAGGCGACGGUGUGGGCGACAGUGGGCGACCGGGGAAAAAUGGAGGAUCCCAAAGAGUUCCCAAAUGUGCUGGGUGAGCGGAGUGUCCACAACCAGAAGGGCUUGCAGAGGCUGGUCGGUCGGCGUGGAGCGUGGCGGUUGGUGCGGCCGGUGGCGUUGGGGCGGGUGCUGUCACCGGUGACACCUGGUGACACCGUGUCUUUGUUGAGAGUGUCCGGGAAUCAUGGUGUGAAGGCAAACCCAGUCUAG